AAUUGAAGCAGAAAGCAGCAUUGGGUCUUAGCGUCUGUGCCUAAACCUUUUCAGUUCAUUUCUGCAGUGGGAUUGCCAUGGAUCCAAUUUCAAUUCUUCUGUCUAUCGCUGUUUGUGUUUUCUUAUUGAACCUUUUCUAUGGUGGGAAAGGAGAUUCCAAAAUGUUCCCUCCUGGGCCCAAACCAUUACCCCUCAUUGGGAAUCUGCUCAUUAUGAAUAUGAAGAAACCCCAUCUAACAUUCAUGGAGCUGGCUGAGAAGUACGGCUCAGUAUUCAGUGUUCAGCUUGGGACAGAGAAGGUGGUUGUGCUUUGCGGCACUGACGCAGUGAAAGACGCUCUUAUCAACCAUGCUGAUGAGUUUUCAGAGAGACCCAAAAUUCCAAUUUUUGAGGACGUAUCAAAGGGAUAUGGUCUAAUUUUUUCUCAUGGGGAGAACUGGAAAGUAAUGAGAAGAUUCACACUCACCACACUCAGAGAUUUUGGGAUGGGGAAGAAAACCAUAGAGGAGAGGAUCUGUGAGGAGUCAGAUUGCUUAGUGGAAGCGUUCAAGUCCUAUAAAGGAAAACCAUUUGAGAACACCCUGAUCAUGAAUGCGGCUGUAGCCAAUAUCAUUGUGUCCAUACUGCUCGGCCAUCGCUUUGACUAUCAGGAUACAGCACUUUUGAAGCUUAUAAAGAUAAUAAAUGAAAAUGUCAGGCUGAUGGGGAGCCCUAUGGUUAUGCUGUAUAACACCUACCCAUCUGUUAUGCAAUGGCUUCCUGGAAAGCACAAAACUGUCGCUGAGAACACAUUAAAGUUAUUCAAGUUUCUUGAAGAGACAUUUACCAAACACAGGGAUCAGCUGGACGUCAAUGACCAGAGGGAUCUCGUUGAUACUUUCCUCGUCAAGCAACAAGAGGAGAAACCUUCAUCUUCAAAGUUUUUCCACGACCAAAAUCUAACGUUACUUGUAUCCAAUUUAUUUGGCGCUGGAAUGGAGACAACCUCUACCACUCUUCGCUGGGGCCUCCUGUUAAUGAUGAAAUAUCCAGACAUUCAAAAAAAAGUCCAAGAUGAAAUCGACAAAGUGAUUGGAUCAGCAGAACCCCAAACGGAACACCGGAAACUAAUGCCCUAUACUGAUGCCGUCAUUCAUGAGAUUCAGAGAUUUGCCAACAUCGCACCCAGUAACCUUCCCCAUGCAACUACUACAGAUGUCACCUUCAGGGGCUAUUUUAUUCCAAAGGGAACCCAAGUGAUCCCACUGCUGACAUCUGUUCUGCAAGAUAAAAACUACUUCAAAAAGCCAGAAGAAUUUUACCCGGAACAUUUCCUUGACUCUGAAGGACAUUUUAUGAAAAAUGAGGCCUUCCUUCCCUUCUCAGCAGGUCGAAGAAGUUGUGCCGGAGAAACGUUGGCCAAGAUGGAACUCUUCUUGUUCUUCACAAAGUUACUGCAGAACUUCACAUUCCAACCCCCUCCUGGAGUUGAGGUCCAACUAACCUCUGGAGAAGGCUUCACAUCUUCUCCUUUACAGCAUAACAUUUGUGCUUUGCCUCGUACAUAAAAAAUAUCAGCAUAUGUCAAUAAAAUGAAGUUUAUAAUUUCAAUAGUGAACAAGAAAAUUGAAUUUUAGCAAAGACAUUACGAAAGAACCAAAGCCACAGUCAGUUGCCAGAUAUUGUUUAAUGUUGUUAUAAUUAUAGCUUUUUCCUUUUUUAAAAACUGUGAAGCAUUACUGAUUUUUUAAUGUUGUACAUAUAUUUUUCUUUUGCUCUUGUAUUCAUGAGUUCAUAUGUUUCCAAUAUUUACAAAUAUCAUAUAAAAUAAAAUGAAUUCCAUGGG